AUGGGCAAUCUUCCCGCUGAUCGCUUACAUGGAAAUAGGCCAUUUGAGAUCAGUGGAGUGGACUUUUGCGGUCCAAUACUAGUUUCGCUGGGAAUUCGGGGCAAAUCGCCAGUCAAAAUGUUCGUUGGUCGACGUGGGCUUGUCCGGAAGCUGUACUGCGACAAUGCCACCAAUUUCGUGGGUGCUGCACGCACGCUGGACCUCAAAGCUACGUUCCAUGGCAACACAGCGGACAUGGAAAUGUUUGCUGCGGAGCGGGGCAUGGAGUUUGUAUUCAUCCCUCCUCGAGCACCGCAUUUUGGCGGCCUUUGGGAAGCGGCGGUGAAAUCCGCCAAAGGUUUGCUGCUGAAAGCGAUGGGCAGCGCUCGAUUACGGCAAGACGAGGUGGCCACCGUGCUGGUCGAGGUCGAGGCCGUGCUCAAUUCGCGGCCAAUGGUCGCUCCCAGCAGCAACCCCAACGACGGCGAAGUGCUCACGCCAGGGCACUUCCUGAUAGGGAGCAACGCUCGUGCCGCUGCCAAUCGCGUCCACAGAGCCAGUCGACGACGUCAAGCUGACACUAUUAAAAAGAUGGCAGCUGACAUCCAACAUCAAGCGUCGAUUUUGGAACGACUGGUCAAGGGACUACCUGCUCAGCCUGCAGCAGAAGUCAAAAUGGACGAAGGAGAGACAGAACAUACAGGUCGGAGCAGUCGUGCUCGUGGGAGAGGACAACGCUCCUCCACAACAGUGGAUGCUAGGCGUGGUGACGGAAGCCAUAGUCGGAGGAGAUGGUAG